GGCGGCGGCGGCGGCGGCGCGGGCGCGGGGCUCGCUCCUCGUGCUCGGCGUUGAGCCCCCGCUGCCGCCGCGACCGCCACGGCCGCCGCUGUGGUGGACCCUUCCCGACCGGCCCUAGGGUGCGCCCUGCACGGCUCCCACUGGUGUCCCUGGAGCAUGGGAGGCUGCUGCGCUUGAGUGGCUGAGUCUGGCAGGAGCUGCGUGUCUUACCCUGUGGCAGGGAAGGCAUCCAUGGCUGCAGCCAACAAGGGCAAUAAGCCCAGAGUCCGGAGUAUCCGCUUUGCAGCAGGCCACGAUGCAGAAGGCUCCCAGAGCCAUGUCCACUUUGAUGAAAAGCUGCAUGACUCUGUGGUCAUGGUCACCCAGGAGAGUGACAGCAGCUUUCUGGUCAAGGUUGGCUUCCUGAAGAUCCUGCACAGGUAUGAGAUUACCUUCACUCUGCCCCCAGUGCACAGGCUGAGCAAGGACAUCCGAGAAGCACCAGUCCCCAGCCUACACCUCAAGCUCCUCAGCGUCAUGCCCGUCCCAGAAGGUUACAGUGUCAAGUGUGAGUACUCAGCGCACAAGGAGGGCGUCCUGAAGGAGGAGAUGCUGCUAGCCUGUGAAGGUGGCGCUGGCACCUGUGUGCGAGUGACAGUGCAGGCCCGCGUCAUGGACCGACACCACGGCACACCCAUGCUGCUUGAUGGGGUCAAGUGCGUGGGUGCUGAGCUAGAAUACGACUCAGAGCACAGCGACUGGCACGGCUUCGACUGAGGCCUGAGGCCCUGCACGCCUCGGGCCCCCACAGCCUUAAACCCCACCUCAUCUCCCCGAAUGCUGUGUGAUGGUGUGGCUUCCUCGCCCCUCCCCGGGGUGGGGGCAGGGGUGGGGUGUCUAGGGGCCUCUCACCUCUGCCUUCAUUGUGCCACCUCCCUGCCUCUCCUGCGUCCUCCUCUCCCACUUCCUCCUCUCCGUGUGCCUCAGUCUCCUGCCAGAAGAAAUGGGUUGAGCCCCCAAGGAGGCUAUCUGAGGAGGGGAGGGGGGCGCCUGGGGUGGGUUCUGCCCACCCCUACCCCAAGCCAUAGGGGAUCUAGCCAGGGCUUGGGAGAGGAGGGAGCUGGCUCUGUGACGUCGUCACUCCCAUUACUGCUGCUGCUGGCUGGCUUUAGCCCUCCCGUGCUCCCUCCCUCUUUCCUACUGCUGUCAGCGCUGAGUAGGAGGGAGGCGCAGUCCCCAAGCCCUAGCCCCCAGGUCUGUGUUACUUGGUUUUUAAAGGACUGGUUGGGAUAAAACCGUAAAGAAAUAAAAUUUUCAGUGGAUACCAGA